AUUGGUCGAGUGCAAAAGAUGGCUGGGAACAAUGUGAUAUGGCAGCCCCAAGAAGUGGAAGAUCUCCUUCUCUACUACAAAGAGAAAAUCCAAGUGUCAGGGAAGGCUCUGGUGUUAAGGGAGGUGCAUCAUGAGGAGCGUGCUCGAAGAGUUAAUCAAAAGUAUGCUACAAACUUCACAGGGAAACAAGUUUACUACAAGUACCAGAAGUUGAAGGGAGAAUGGAAUGUUAUUUUGGAGGCAAAGUCUGCUAGCGGUACUAGUUUUGAUGAUGUCCAGAAGAAGAUAAUCCAUGAUGAAAUAGAGGUUGUGAAGAUGAAAUCUAAAGGUGACAAGAGAGCUAGGUUCUACAAUGUUCCAAUUCCCUUGUAUGAUGAGAUGGAGUUUGUCUUCAUGGGAAAACAUGCAACUGGAGAGUUUAGUGUGCUUCAAGCACCUUUUGAUCACCCACCAAGACAUGAUGAUGAUGAUCUCAUUGGCAAUGGAAGACCAACUCAAGAACAAGUGCAUCUGGACAUUGAUCCUUCUCAGCACUAUGAUUCUGAUACUCUCCCAGAUUCUGAUAGUCCUAGCUCAGUUGGUUCUAAGCGCCAGUCUGAAGAUAAGGAGAGAAAAGGAAAACGUGGCAAGCAUGAUUAUGCAAUGAUUCAAGACAUCACUGGUGCUAUGAACAACAUGUUGGAUACUAUGCGCUUCACUCAUGUCACAGACCCAAAUGAGCGUAUAUACAAGGCCAUUGAUGACAAGCAGGAGUAUCCUUUGCUAGUGCGACUUGAUUUGCAGACUUACCUUGCUCAAAAUGGUAACAUUGCUAGCAUGUUGAAGGGGCGGCCAGAGGAAGUUAUCAAGCAGUGGUUGGCACAGUGGGUCAUGGAUCGUUAUCCUACUAACUAG